AUGCUAGGUGUCAUGCUAGGAUGUUGUUACUGUGGCUUUGCACUGCCUCAAACUGAGAAGAGGAAGGAGAGGAAGGAGGAGAGGAAGGAGAGGAAGGAGGAGAGGAAGGAGGAGAGGAAGGAGAGGAAGGAGGAGAGGAAGGAGGAGAGGAAGGAGAGGAAGGAGAGGAAGGAGGAGAGGAAGAAGAGGAAAGAGGAGAGGAAGGAGAGGAAGGAGGAGAGGAAGGAGAGGAAGGAGGAGAGGAAGAAGAGGAAAGAGAGGAAUUAA